AUGAUUGUGUCCAAUACGAUACCGGCAAAAAACCUUAGCGUUCUGUACGAACAGUCCAUGAAGAAUGUGGUUGGUGAAGAACAGAAAGGAGACUUGGCUAGCAGAAUUGCAAUAUUCGGUCACGAAGCCGAGAAGACGACUACAAAAGCUCCAACAAGUACGGUGGCAUUACACACAUCGACGACGUCAUUGCCAUCUUCAGCGAGUACAGCUCCAACACGCACAGCGACUGUGGCAACACCGACAAAAGUGGUGCCAGUAUCAACAACAUCAGUACUGACAUCGCUAGUCACAGCCCCCGUGAAUGCCACUACAGUACAUUCUCUAUCGACAACGGCACCGACAACGUCACCCGCAACAGCACUAGCGAGCACUGCUACAGCACAGGCCUUGACAACAACAGCAUCCAUCUCAACAGCUACGUUGACGACUUCGACGGCUGCAGUUCUCACAAACAGCUCUACUGCAGCGACUGUGAUAACUGAGCAGCCUGCUUCGACUCCGAUCAGCGAAUUUCCGACGAGUCCCAGUACAGUACCGGUGUCGACGGCUACACAGCCUGCUUUGACUUCUACGAGCUAUGUUCCAAUAAGCUUCAGUACAUUACCGACAUCUACAGAAACCCGUUCGGUGACCGCAUUAUCGACCUCGAUGACGGCAUUCCUGACAAACACCACUACAGCACAGGCCUCGACAACUGCAUUGCUCGAAUCGACAAGCACACUGCAAUCCAGUACAGUAUCGAGUUCAGCAACUACAGAAACUACUUUAACGCCUAAGGCUUCUACAUUAACGACAUCGGCGGCACCCCUAACAAACACUACUGCAGCAGAAACCCAUACAACUGCACCUCUCGAAUCGACAAGCACACUGCAAUCCAGUACAGUAUCGAGUUCAGCAACUACAGAAACUACUUUAACGCCUAAGGCUUCUACAUUAACGACAUCGGCGGCACCCCUAACAAACACUACUGCAGCAGAAACCCAUACAACUGCACCUCUCGAAUCGACAAGCACACUGCAAUCCAGUACAGUAUCGAGUUCAGCAACUACAGAAACUACUUUAACGCCUAAGGCUUCUACAUUAACGACAUCGGCGGCACCCCUAACAAACACUACUGCAGCAGAAACCCAUACAACUGCACCUCUCGAAUCGACAAGCACACUGCAAUCCAGUACA